UAAGUUGGACUGGAACGGCUAAAAAAAAAAAAAGCGAUAUAUGUGUUUAAGCACAUCAUUGGGGAGGGAAAAGAGGCAAACGAUUAUAAAGGGCCCCCAAACCCUCCCUUUAUCAGCAAGGGACAUAAGGGGAGGGGGUUGAAGAGUCAUACCGCGGGUGAAAUAUGAAAACCGUUUUCAAGAAAAGAUAAUUAGAACGGAGAGAAAGCCCAAAAGAAAAUAUUUUUCUCCCUUCAGUUUCGUCACUGGCAGGAGAGGCGUUUUCUCAGAUUAAUGGCAGUGGAUUGAUGUUAAUGAAGCCCCCCCAUCUCCCUUCCAAAACCCUGUCCCCUCCAAGAUAAGAGAUCCUGUAGGAGGAGGAGGAGCAGGAGGUGUUUGAGGAGGAUGGUCCGAAGGGGAAGCCUAAUACUUUGUGGAGCUGCACUCUUUGUGGCUUGGAACGCCUUGCUCUUCCUCUUCCUCUGGGGAAGGCCCACCUUCACCGGCCCUUCAAAUGGAGUUGGAGUUGAACCAGGAGGCAACCGAGAAUGGGUUGGUGGAGUUGACCUGACCCAGGAUGUUGUGCGACUGGCUGAAGAGGUAGAAACGGAGCUGGAAAAGCAGAAGCUUCUUUUGCAGCAAAUCCAGGGUCACAGAGCACUGUGGGACAAGCGAAAGCAGAUAAAACAAAUAAAAAAUAGCGAUGUGAAUCCAUUUCCAAAACGGGAUGCCAAAUCCGCAAUGGUCAAUGACCCAAAAAUUCCCGAAGUAAAGGACAUUGUUAUUCCUAUUUUAGUCAUCGCUUGUGACCGGCCUACAGUUAAGCGAUGUCUUGACAAGCUCUUGUAUUACCGACCUUCCAAAGAGCUAUUUCCCAUCAUAGUGAGCCAGGACUGUGGCCACAAGGAAACCUCCAAGGCAAUUGAUUCCUAUGGUGAUCAAGUGAUGCACAUUCACCAACCUGACCUUGGAGACCUUGCAGUACGACCAGACCAUAGAAAGUUCCAAGGCUACUACAAGAUUGCUCGACAUUAUCGCUGGGCACUCAAUCAAAUCUUCCACACAUUUAAAUACCAAGCUGCAGUGAUUGUUGAGGAUGAUCUGGAGGUAUCCCCAGACUUCUUUGAGUACUUCCGUUCUCUCUUUCCCCUACUGCUUGAAGAUAAGUCCCUGUGGUGCAUCUCUGCAUGGAAUGACAAUGGCCGUGAACAGAUGAUUGAUCAAAAAUCUCCUGAGCUCCUGUACCGGACUGACUUUUUCCCAGGGCUGGGCUGGAUGCUGCUGAAAGACCUCUGGGAAGAGUUGGAGUCUAAGUGGCCUGCCUCGUUCUGGGAUGACUGGAUGAGGCAGCCAGAGCAGCGGAAAGGCCGGGCCUGCGUCCGCCCAGAAGUUUCUCGCACCAUGACUUUCGGUCGGAAGGGUGUGAGUCUGGGUCAGUUUUUUGACCAAUACCUGCGUUUCAUAAAACUCAAUGACCAGUUUGUGCCUUUCACUCAACGCGAUCUUGGCUACCUCAAGAAGGAGGCUUACGAUCGGACGUUCACCGAGCAAGUGUAUGCUGCCCCAGUAGUGACUGUGGAGGAACUGCAGGGAAACCGAGUUUCCAGCUCCGGCCCUGUUCGGAUACAGUACUCCACAAGAGACAGUUUUAAAGCUUUUGCCAAAGCCCUUGGGGUCAUGGAUGAUCUCAAGUCUGGGGUUCCUAGAGCUGGUUACAUGGGGGUUGUCAGCUUCAUGUAUCGCAGCAGGAGGGUAUACUUAGCGCCACCUCCUGGCUGGACAGGAUACGAUACAACUUGGAGUUAACCCCUCCGCAGCAGUCUCUCCCCUUUUUUUUUGUCAGCCCCCCUCUUCUACAGUUGUGGUAGCUUCCAAUAUUACAUUGCCUUACUUUUUUACGUUUAUUUUGUUCCCCACCACCCUUUAUUGUUACCAUUGUUCAGCCUUUAAGCAAAACUGAAUGGAGUACGUUGUAUUUUUGUUUGUUUUUUUCUCCCCCACCUAUUAAUUGAAUAUAUUGAUACAGGGAUGAUGCAGGCCAUCUGGUAUUUAUAAUGCAUGCUUCUUCUUCUUUUUUUUUUUUAAAAUCUAGAAAUUUUAGAAUUGAUCACCUUAAACCACAUGUAAGGAACAAAGUGUUAAAUUUUGUAGGCAGCAGCUGAGGGCAGUAAAAGAGGAAAAAUGGAAAGACUGAUACUUGAAGAUGAGCGUGUAGGCCGUAGCACACUGGCAGGUAAGAAGGAAAUCCAGACUGCACAAGAGUCGUUUUGUUGGUUUGUCUUUUUCCUAUUUUUAGGAAAAGUAUGAAUUUGUAACAUAAACACACAACUACAAACACUUCAAGAUAUUUGCUACCGGGGUGAGUAUGGAUGCAUGCGCACAUUUGUAUACAUUCACACACAGGCUUUGAGUACUAAAAAGGACUGCAUACGUGACAUCCUUGUAACUUCUUGUCAGUGCAGAUUUUUUUUUUUCUAAAUUCUUUUUGAAUGUUUCAGGUGCAAAUUUUAAUAUAUUUAGGUCUUUUUUCUAUUUUUCAGAUGUUUUCAUACACUUUUUUCUGUAAGAAUACAAUAACUUUUUCACCAAACUGAUUGCUUCUGAAAAGCUUGAAGGGGAGAAAACAUCCAUGGUUUUUCUUCCUGGGAAUUCUUUUAUAUCUUCUGUAUCCUAGUUGUUGUUCGUUUUUCCCUUCAAAUCAUUAGGCACACAUGAUGCAGGUUGACGGUUUCCAUUCCAGAUUAUCAUGUGCUGUUUACCCUCUAAACUACAUGUGAUUGUCUUCACGUUAGGACUCUUUGUCUUCACGUUAGGACUCUUUGUCUUCACGUUAGGACUCGUUGUCUUCACAUUAGGACUCUUGCGCCUGUACAGUUCUACUGAUCAUGUCGGUUACUUCCAACACCAAGUGAACAAUGAAGCCAAGCGUAUCCCAGACAUUAUGGAUCUUUCAGAGAUUUUGAAAUCAAUUGUAUUUCAGCUGUCUGCUCACUGAGCAUCUCCUUUCGUAGGGGUUGGGGUGGUGGGGAGGGGGGGGGUUUGGGUUUUGCCCGAGUCUGUCAGUGUGGUUGGUUUUCUUGUCUUUUUUGUGUUACCAGCCUUGACCUACCAUUGUCUGCCACAGCAUGAGGGCAGCAUGCUCUUCGAUAUCCUUGGUGUCUGUAAGAAACUGUAUCCUAUCUGAAUCAGGCAUCUCUUUCAAGCGGUCUGUGCUGCACAGCCAUGUGUACAGUUGCAGGAUUAAACCAUUGAAUAGUCGUCAUUUAAAGUCAAAUAUUCAUUAGGACAGCUGGUGUGUGUGGUGUGAGUGUCUUUGUUUUGUGUGGGAGUUCCAGCGGAUUCUGGAAGAUACCAGGUCAAACUUUUUUUUAUUCCUCAGCCCUUGCCGUUUUCUGUCCUUGCAUGUUACCCUACACCCCACAGCAGACACUGCCAGUUGAAGUGCUAAAUUAAAGCCUGUCCAUGUUCUGUUGGCCUCACCCCGCACUGAACUAGGCUCACAAAUGUCUUUGUAAGAUCAGAUACUCACUGAUAAAAUCCUAAAAUUGACUGUGACUGAUGAAAAAGUGAUCCUAAUGUUGAAAUAAACAACAAAAUUAGACAUUGCUUCAUUUCUUCAGAGGCUGAGAUAGGAUUGUUUGCCUUUUUGAAGAUCCCGGUAUAGGACAUGCUAUUGUGUGUACUUGUAAUCGAUCCUCUGCAGAAGGCUGCACUUGAGGGCAAGUCCCAUCUCUUGGGUUCCUGGAAUGCUGCUGAUGUUUUACAGCACAGACAUGGCAGAUGGUUGGCUUAAAUUUCAAGUGUUCCACUUGUUAAGUACAGCUAGAGUUCGAGUCUUUCUCUGAUAUUGGUUAGGUGAUAAAUAAAUCGAGAUGUUUCCCAAUCUCUCUUACUUUGCUUUACUUUGGAUCUCAACACUCAAUACAGAUUAAUUUCUGGAUAUAAUUCUGGUUUACUUACCUGCCUCCAAGCUUCCAUUGUCAAUGUGUCGGACUCCAGGACUAAAACAGACGUGGGCUUGUCACCUUUAGCUGGCUAACAGGCACACGGGUAUCACUUCAUGCAGUAUGCACAGGAAGUUCCUCAAGUCCAUCAUGGUGCUAUUACGGACAUUAAAUAAAUAAUAAUGUGACAGUCGUCAUUGGUGAAAGAUCACUAAGAAGCAGGAAGUUAGGUGGCAGCUUGAAGCAGAGGCACUUUUUUUAAUUUAAUUUAAUUUUAGGCCAAAGAGUAAAUCAUGAAGAAAGCAAGACUGAAGAUAUGGCUGGGUAAAUGUUUGUACUGACUAAAUGAGUGCGCUUUUUGUCUACAAAAUGUGAUAUAUGGUGACGUGUGGGGUUUUUGUUAUGGGAUUUUACUUUUUGGUUUGUGUUUUUUUUUUUUUUUUUUUUUCUCUCUUUACACAAAUGUUCUCGGUAAAUGUCCUAUUGAAUUGACUACAAGAUCUGUAUGGUAGGCAGAUAACUGUUUUCUUGUUUACUGUAGAGAUCUGUUACACAAGUCUUUGAAAAUAUUCAAAUUGAUAAUAUACUCCAACUCCUGUCUGAAAAGCCAUGCUGAGGUUGCACUUUGCUUGCAGUUUCUUAAAUCUCCUUGUUUUUGAAUAGAAGGUGAGGGGACAAAUACUUGAUUUAAACAAAUGGGCCCUGGUAUGUAUGAGUGGAACAUUUUUACCAAAUGUCAUUUGUGUUAUGUUUGUGAGCAAGAAUUAAAAAAAAAAAAAAAAAAAUCAGAUAUCAUGUUAAAGGAAAAUGUAAAUGUGUUCUUUUUUCUUUACAUCUAAUAAACUUUACGUUGGGAGCAAAUUGCCUUGUCCAAAUGAUCAGUAAUUACAACAGCUUCCCUUCGUGCAAGAUGGAAAAAGGCUGUCGGCAAAGGAGCAAAUGCUUCUUGUCUGAGAUGUUAGACUGGUAACUUACAGUCAAAUCUCUUUGGUUUACCUCUACAUAAACCAUCUGUGUUCCUUAAUACAAUUAUUUUAUUCCUAUACAUGCAAACUUAUUCAGGAUGGAGUAUGGUUUACAAAAAAAUUCUGAAAAUAGCAUUUAUUUUCAAUUUCAUCAGCAAAUCAAAUGAAAGAAAGGCUUCUGCUAGACCAUCUGGCCUUUUAUUUGAACAUUUUAUAAGUGUUCUGGUUUCGGUAAUUUGCUCCCAUUCUAUGGAGGAGGUCGCUCUCAAUGUUUAUGCAUUGUUUGUUUGUUUGUUUCUAUCCUUUUUAUUU